UCCCAGCUCCCCAGCGGGCAGCUCCCGCUAUGGCUGCGCUGCGGAGGCUCCUGUGGCCGCCGCUUCGGCUGCAGCCUCCGCUGCCCCCUCACCAGCCCUUUCUUGGGCCCUGGGGGCGGCCUGCUGGGACCACCCUAGGCCCUCCGGGCCGGCCCUUCUCCUGCCGGGAGGAUGAGGAGGGGGCCGUGGCUGAGGCGGCGUGGAGGCGGCGGCGGCGCUGGGGAGAGCUGAGCAUCGCGGCGGCGGCCGGCGGGGGUCUCGUCGGCCUCGUGUGCUACCAGCUCUAUGGGGACCCCAGGGCCGACUCCGCACGGGCGCCCGGCAGCGAGGCCGCAGAGCCCGAGGACCCGUCCCGCGGCCGGGGGCUGCUCCCCAUCCCGGUCGCGGCUGCCAAGGAGACGGUUGCUAUUGGCAGAACAGACAUUGAAGACUUAGACCUCUGUGCUACAUCUCGGGAGAGACGAUUUCGUUUAUUUGCUUCUAUAGAAUGUGAAGGGCAGUUAUUUAUGACUCCAUAUGAUUUUAUUUUGGCUGUUACAACAGAUGAGCCCAAAUUUGCUAAAACCUGGAAGUCACUUUCCAAACAGGAAUUAAAUCAGAUGCUCUCAGAAACACCACCAGUUUGGAAAGGAUCAUCAAAGCUAUUUCGAAAUCUUAAAGAAAGGGGUGUGAUUUCUUACACAGAAUAUCUUUUUCUUUUAUGUAUUUUAACAAAGCCACAUGCAGGUUUUAGAAUAGCUUUCAACAUGUUUGACACUGAUGGCAAUGAGAUGGUAGAUAAAAAGGAGUUUUUGGUGCUUCAAGAGAUAUUCAGGAAAAAAAAUGAGAAGAGAGAAACUAAAGGAGAUGAGGAAAAGCGUGCAAUGCUGCGUCUUCAACUUUAUGGAUACCAUUCUCCUACUAAUAGUGUACUUAAAACAGAUGCUGAGGAACUUGUCUCCAGAAGCUAUUGGGACACAUUGAGACGUAAUACAAGCCAAGCACUCUUUUCAGACUUCGCAGAGCGUGCUGAUGACAUCACAAGUUUAGUAGCAGAUACUACACUUCUUGUACACUUUUUUGGAAAGAAAGGAAAAGCUGAACUCAACUUUGAAGAUUUUUAUAGGUUCAUGGAUAACCUCCAAACAGAAGUUUUAGAAAUAGAAUUCCUUUCCUACUCUAAUGGAAUGAAUACUAUCAGUGAAGAAGACUUUGCUCAUAUUCUUUUACGAUAUACAAAUGUGGAAAAUACAUCAGUGUUUUUGGAAAAUGUACGUUACAGUAUACCUGAAGAAAAGGGUAUCACAUUUGAUGAAUUCAGGUCAUUUUUCCAGUUUCUGAACAACCUAGAAGACUUUGCAAUAGCCCUGAAUAUGUAUAACUUUGCAAGUCGUUCUAUAGGGCAAGAUGAAUUUAAACGUGCAGUCUAUGUAGCUACUGGACUCAAACUUUCACCACAUUUGGUGAACACUGUCUUCAAGAUAUUUGAUGUUGACAAAGACGAUCAAUUAAGUUAUAAAGAAUUUAUUGGAAUUAUGAAAGACAGACUCCAUAGAGGAUUCCGGGGUUAUAAAACAGUCCAGAAGUAUCCCACUUUCAAAUCAUGCCUGAAGAAAGAACUUCACAGCAGAUAAAUACUCCUAAAGCAAAGUUUAAAGAAUUACAAUCUAUGUGACAAAUGCAAGAAACAAACAUUUCAGAGAAUGGAAGCAUAUCUGUGAUGAGAAUAUAUAGAAAAUGAAGAAAAAGGUGAAGUGCUGUGAAAUUUGUAUUUUUUUCUUGAACUGAAUUCUUAAAACAGAUAAAUGCAUCUUUUUACUGAAAACAUUAUAUAUAAUCAAGAUGAGUUUUUGCCUUCAUCUACUGAACUGUCUGCACUUUUUCAUUCCCUUCAGAAGUAUAUAGAUACUUCCAGUGACUAUAUAAGAAUGUAUUUUAAAUAUUCGUAUUUAUUUAUUAGAAAUUAGCCUCAUUUUAAAAUAAUUAAUGACUCCUGGAAUGUGGAUCACCUAAAAAUGAACAAGACAUUUUUAUUUUUUGGUUUUGGACUGUGAACUUCUUUUCAGAAAAUGAAUAUUGCUUGAGAUUUAUAUUAUCUUAGGACCUUUAGUAUUGUUCGUAAAUCCCUAUUAUUUACCAUGUUUUUAAUUAUACUGAAAUAAUUUUGAAAAAUAGAAGUUAACAUAUUAUAUAAUAUGAUGGUUUACAUUGUACUUUUAACUUUUAAAAGUACUUAAUUAACAUAUUGUUUGACUUAUAUGAAGUUUUUAAAUUUUAAUUUAUUUACCAAAGUCAACAGAAUGUCUGGUAUUCUUUUUUAUAUACAGUAAAGAAAUUUAAUGUGUGGAUUCUUUUUCUUCAAAAAAAAGUUGUAUAUUGAUGGUAGAAACAGUGGUAGUUGUAACAAUAGUCAUUGUCAUUGUCAUUAUCGUCUUACACACGAUGCUGCUCCAGAUUGCAGGUGGUAUAUGUUAAUAACAGUAGUAAAAAUCAUAUCUUACAGUUCUGUAACUUAAUGCAUAUUGUUAAUAAAUGUCCGUAGCAUCAAAAUAAUUGUUAUGAAAUACUACUAAUAAUAAUGACUUAGAAGACUGAUGUAUAUAUUAGGUAGAAGCUAAUAUUUUGUUUCUUGCAAAAGGACCACAUGCAAAAGUGCUAAGCAUCAGUAAUAAAGAUAAAUAUAAUUUAUUAUUUCAAGAUAAUAUGUCUUAAAGGGAAAAUAAAAACUUCCUAUUGAAAAACUACAAAAUUAGAUUUUCACAUUGAGAAAUAAUUUAAUAGCACGUAAUAGAAAUUUGUUCAAUUAAAAGCUAGUUUAUACAAGGAUAGAAUACAAAAAUAGAAUAAUGAAUUUAAAUUAAUAUGUUUAUAUAUUGCAUGUGGAAGAUAAGUUCAUUUAUCUUCCUUUCUAAGACAUAUUCAAUGUAAAUUAUAUACACUUCAACCAUUACCUCGCUUUUGCAUAUGAAAAUAGAAAACACUGACUUUGUUUUUAUGUUAUUAAAUGUGCAAUUGAUCUGCAUCAUUUAUUUAUAAAAGUAAUGCUAUUUCCAAGAAAAUGUUAUUAUUAACAUUGAUUUUGUAUUUGUUAAACUUUUUACAUUCUUUGUCUGAUAUUAUUUAUUACAUUAAUAUAUAAAUAUAUAAUUCAUAAAUUUAAAGAUCCCAUAUAGUAUAAUAACCUAAUUUCACCUGCUUUGAAGGUUGACUCGAUUGACUAGAAAAAAAUACGUACCCGCUCAUUUAACAUGCCCCAGGUCUAUUUUACUUUACACUAAAUGUUCUCAAUAUUAUUCGAUAUCUAAAAUAACUGGAAAAAAUGCAGUAUACUUUAAUCUUUGACGAUAAGUUAUUUUAUCUUGCAUACAUGUAAAAUCCUGUAAGUACAGAUUAAAAAUUUAAUUAGCUUAUUAAAAUCUUUCAUAAUUCUGCUUCUCCCAAGGAAGAAUGGCGUACUACAUAGCAGUCUUCUUUAUUUCCUAUCAGAGUGAGUGAUUGCAUAUCUGUUUAUAUGGCAUUAUAUAAGAAUGGGAAUAAAUAAAGUAUUCUGAUCAAUUAAAAUGGAAAAGUGGUAAAGUAUGGUGAUUCACUUCAUAUUAUUACUCUUGAAUUUUAUCAUCUAUAAAAUGGGAGGUAAAACUAUCUCACUGGAUUGUUGUUUACAUCAAUUGAAAAAUUUUUAAAUGUUUAAAAAAUAAUGUAUUAAAUACACGUAUGCUAUUAUUUUCAGUACAUCCUUCUGCAAACUAUUCUUUGGAAAGAUUAAGGUAUAUGUAAAAUUUUAGUAUACUUUUUACAAAAAGCCUGUGUGAUAAACAGUUUAUGGUACUUCUCAGAAUGAUUUCACAAUAAGAAAUUUAUUUAACUUAAGUUCCAAUUUAUUGUUCUUACGAUAAAUUAUAAUUGUAAAGCAACCUGUCUUACAUUCUUGUAUUAUCUUAAAAUAAAUACACCUGCAGUUGAAUCAAGAAA